CGUACGCAUGCGCGGUGGAGGAGAGGGGGCGAGCGUGUAUGUGAAAGUUUGCUCGGACUAAGUUCGGAGUUAUGGAUUAUAUUCAUUUUUAACAAAGAGAAAAGUUCAUCACCACCGUCUGCUGGAGAAAACAUCGUCACACCGACACACAGACAGACAGACAGGCAGAGAGACAGACAGGCUCAGACAGAGACAGGCAGAAAGAGAGAGAGACACAGCGACGCUCUGACGUCCAGGCGGAGACAUCGGGAAGUCGCAUCGCUCCAAGCCGGGCUAAGGGGAGCGUCCGCCGGCAUGAAGAUCGAGUUUGCCCCGCUGAACAUUCCGCUGCGGAGGAGGCUGCAGACAGCCGCCGUCCUGCAGUGGACGUUCUCCUUCCUGGCUCUGGCUCAGUGCUGUCUGGCUGUCUUCAUCCUCCUGGCCCUCUCUGAUUGGUGGACGGUGGCCCUGCUGUAUGCUUGUUGGCUGUGGCUGGACUGGGACACGCCCACCUGUGGGGGUCGGAGGUCAGGAUGGGUCAGGAGCUGGACCAUCUGGGACUACUUCAGGGACUACUUCCCUAUAAGGCUGAUUAAAACUGCCGACCUGGAUCCAAAGAAAAACUACAUAUUUGGAUUUCAUCCUCAUGGGGUUCUUGUGGCAGGGGCGUUUGGUAACUUCUGUACGGAGUCGACCGGUUUCUCUCGUCUGUUUCCUGGACUCAGAUCUCACCUGCUGAUGCUGCCGUUCUGGUUCAGAGUCCCACUCUUCAGAGAAUACAUCAUGUGUGGAGGUCUGGUGUCGAGCUCUAAGUCCAGCCUGUCGUACCUGGUCAGCCGUCCCGAAGGAGGAAACGUCGCCGUCCUCGCGGUGGGCGGAGCUCCGGAGGCUCUGGACGCUCGACCAGGAGCUCUAACGCUGCAGGUGCAAAACAGGAAGGGCUUUAUCAAACUGGCUCUCAAACAUGGGGCUCAGCUGGUCCCAGUCUUUUCUUUUGGAGAAAACGAGUUGUUUGAUCAGAUGGAGAAUCCCGCCGGCUCUCCUCUCAGGACAUUGCAGAACCGUCUGCAGAGCAUCAUGGGAGUAGCGAUGCCUCUGUUUCACGCCAGAGGAGUUUUCCAGUACAACUUUGGCCUGAUGCCGUACAGGACGUCCAUUCACACCGUCGUGGGGAAGCCGAUCUCGGUCACCCAGACUCCCAGUCCCAGCAGUGAGGACAUCAACACUCUUCAUGAUGUUUACCUGCAGGGUCUGAGCGACCUGUUCGAGCAGCACAAAUGCGCCUACGGCCUCCGAGACGACCAGCACCUGACCUUCAAAUGACCCGCACGUGUCACCUGACAUGACCUGUAAACGAACUGUGAAUAAACGCCUGACCAUCACCCGA